AUGGUGUUGUUGCAUGCAGCAUAUACGCUCACGGUUGAUAUCGGAUCAGUGGAAGGCUCGGGGUCGUCUGGCGGAAGUAAUGCCUUCCGACUGAUUGCAGACACUGGAUCGUCGAAUGAUGCGGUGCUGGGGACUGGAUGCUGUGGCUCUGAUGCGGAGGUGACGUACUCGUGUGAUGCAUCCUCGACUUGCUCCAGUAGCGGCAGUGGCUCGGUCACGCUGUCGUUUGCAGGGGCGAACAUUCAGGGUCAAUUUAUGACGGAUAAGUGGUAUUCGGACGAGAUCGGAGACAUCACCAAGAGUUUUUUGGUCAUUGAGGAGCAGGACACGUUCUACCGCCCGACGUACGAUGGCAUUACAGGGCUGGCGUAUGAGGCCCUGGCUGCGUCCGAUGGAUCGAUUCAGUCGCUGUAUAACGUGCUUGUGGAUACUGGCAAGACGGCGGAUUCGUUUGGCAUGCUGCUGUGUGGCACAAUGCAGCCGAUGCUGCAGACCGGUGGAACUGAUUUCACGUUACAUUCAGGUCAGCUCCUAAUUGGAGGCACAGAGGGCACCGAGGGCGAGAGCUACUACACGGGCGACAUGUUCUACACUCCCAUCACACGGGAAGCGUGGUAUGUUGUCACAGUGACAGAUAUUGGCUACGAUGGCUCGAGCCUCGGCCUUACCUGCGAUAAGUAUAACGACCCACAGGCUAUCAUCGACUCAGGAACCAGCAACCUGGCGUUCCCUUCGGAUGUGUAUAACGCGCUCAUGGACCAAAUCAAGUCGGCCACUCUGUCCGCCAUACCGGACUUUGACGAAACUUACUUCGACGACUCAACCUCGUGCUGUGACGAAGACUAUUGCGACCCAACGUCUUCGAACGCUGCGCUGCUGGAGCUUCCGUCGAUUUACUUCACGCUGGGGAUGCAGACCAGCGACGGCGGAACCAGCAACCACUUUACGGUUGAAAUCCCGCCCGAGUACUACUGGCGACCGGAGAUGAACGGCAAGAACGCCAGCACCCCGUGUCGCGCGAUUGGUAUCUCCGAAGGAACGUCAACUGUCCUUGGCGACGUGUUCAUGGACGGCUUGUACUCGUACCACGACCGCGCGGAUGGGAAGAUUGGCCUGGCAGUGGCUCAUAACUGUCCGAACGAGGUCAACUCCACCAAGAAGGUGUACUCGUCCGAUGACUCGGAUGAUUGGUGUUCGUGUUUCUCCAGUACCAUGAAGAAGAAGAGUUCGUGGGCGACGUAUGUGCCGUGGGGCAGUGGCUGUUUCUUCUGGCAGUGGUGGAUGUACGUGGUGGUAGCCAGCAUUUUCGUCGUGAUCGCGUGUGUGUGCCCCAACUCGUCGUUAGGAUCGAUGGAGAGCUGGAAACACCGGUCCAAGCCGUACCCAGCAGGCCACCACCAGAGCUACAACCAUAAUCACCACCACCAUGGCAACAACUACAACGAUCGAUGGGGUGCGUCUCUGAAAGAAAACGAAUUCUAA